UUGCCUAAUGGGACGUUACUUUUAGCAUAAAGCCCAUUUCUGCUCCUCUUCAUCUGGGAGGUUUAAUGAAUAGUUUCAAUUAGCAUCUGGAGGUGGCAAACGGCCUCUGAUUUAGAUGCAAAGGUGGUUCUAAUAUGUACACCGAAUCCUUUACUUGGGAAAACUCAUCAAUGAAUUUAGAUGAGAAAUUGCAAAAUUGUAGCAAAAACAACAAUCACCUCUGGCUUCUACCACAUUUCCAGUACUUAUGCCGCCACCAGCCACCUAUUCAGUACAGUCUACAAGCUAUAAUAGCACCAGCUAUUCACCCAAAGCUGGGAAUGGCACCCUAUAGUGGCAUCUUUCAACUGCAAUUCCGGGGUAAGUACACGAUCCUUAACAAAAAGUAGGCUGGGACAAUUUUACACAAAAUCCCCUGACUAACAAAUUUCACUUCUUCGAGUUUUGUUUAUUGGAUCAAUUCCAUCGAAACUCAAUUGAAUAGGUAUUUGAUUCGUUCUAUCAGU